UAAUUGUUAGGAAGUUAAACCCUAAUUAUGUUGUUUCUGAUUCAAUCCUGAUGAUCCAUUUUUGUGCUUAAUUAUAUCCGCAUUCAGCUUAAUGUGCAACACCUCUGCCUGCUCCGGACAUGAGUUUCUCACCUUGUAAUUGCAAUCCUAGUACUAAGAAAGUUUAUAAUACAGAUGCCUCCUUUCAUGGAUAAUUUGUUUCAUAAAAGAGGCUCGAUUAGAGAGGAAGCUUUAGCUGCAUUGAUCAAAUAUCUUAAGAAUGACAUACGACUUGGUUUUGCACAAAAUAAUUAUAUCACUAUAUUAAGUAGGUGUGAAAAUUCCUUCAAAAAAGGGUCCGCGACGGAGAUCAAAUUAGCUGCCCAAGCCAUAGGUUUACUGGUAUUAACUGUUGGACCUGGAGAUUGUGCAAAUGAAAUAUACAACGAGUCACUUCGUCUGCUUCCUCCAAUUCUUAGAUCCAAAUCUCGACAUAUAGAGAUUUUGGAGUGUUUAGCUAUUGUGACUUUCGUCAGAGAUAAUGAUUUUGAUGAGACGGAAAGAUCGAUGCAAAUUAUAUGGGAAUACAUGAAUAAGGUUAAUCCAAACCAUUGUUUUGCUUACAUAGUACUUCCAUUAAUGAACUUUUUCCCUCAGAAAAUUUUAGAGAAGGAUGAAGCUUCUGUUGUUGCUUCUACUAUAUCUGCGUGGUCGUUUCUCCUCGCAAAAAGUGAUCGUUGUAGACUUGAUAAUAACUUUUGGAGAGGGGUAAUUCCUUUCUUUUUGGAACUACUCAAGAGCAAGUCCGAGGUUAAUUUCGAAUAUGCAAUUUACCAUCCAGCUGUUGUUGAAGUACUUGCUUUAGUGUCUGAUAAGGGCAGCCAGCACAAAUUCUGUAGUGAGGCAGCUGAAAAUUCAUACAAUCGAGUACUAGGGGUUGCAGAGAUGAAGCGUGAUGAAAGUGCAGUCGAUGCCAAAUGGAAUUUAUCAGAGUUACUUAAGGAAUUUAACUGUAAUCAGACCUCCUUGAAGGUUGGUCGUAAUAUCUUUAAACUCGCCACGUUGUCUGAACAAAAGAAGAUGACCUAUUUGAAGCAAUUCUUAGGAGAUGGAUUUAAGAAGCACAUUGUGGACAACAAUUUCCUUCACAAUGUCUUCAAUUGUAAAAUAGAAGAACCCAGAGGCCCGACUUUGUAUGUACCUGAAGAAAAAGAGGUCACUGCUGAAAUUUACAUUCCGGGGGAUAGAGAUAUCCGUAACCGUGAGAGGCUAAUUAACCAUUCUUGUAAUUCUAUAAUGAGCAAAGGAAAGACUCAGUUUAGAAACAAGCUUCGCAUGAUAGCGCAGGAGAAGAAAACAGGUCAAGGCUUUAUUCAUGAUGAGAUGGACUAAUGUAUAUGCAGGUCUGAGAAACGUAUAGUUGAUUAUUCUUUUUUAGUAUAAAUGUCUGGUUCAUCAGGACUGAUAAAAUGUUAGUGAUUAUUCCUAUUUAGCGUAAAUGUCCUAUGUCAUCCGUGCGAGCCUCAGCCUUGAAGUGGAAUGCAGAUACAUGAUUGUAACAUUAUAUUCAAAAUUUUAAUAUCAGUUUAGUUGAUUUUGCUUCUUUUUUUUA